UCUGUCCCUCCUACCCGCGUGAGAUUUUGACCCUCUCCUGUAUCUCUGACGACCUGCUGCGUGAAUCGGCCCAGUUUCGGCGCGACGGCCGUUUCCCCCUUAUCACUUACCAUCAUCCUAAUAAAUCUACUUACAUAGCCGUUUGUGCGGAAGCUUUGUCUGCCUCGCGGAUCGUGGUCGGUAAGGCAGUGCUGGAGACCAGCGAAGGCUCAGUAGGCGAGUUUCGUCUCGCUGCCGGACUGCAAACCCCUGCCGCCUCAAAGUCUCGUCUGGACGAACAGUUGCUCUCAGCACUGCUACCACCUAGUCGGCGCGGAACUAUAAUUGACUUACGCGUGGGCCAGUCGAAGAAAAAAUCUUGUACGUUAAACUUGUUAUUUUCUCCGCUCGCGCCCCCACCUUCCCCUAUGUCUCCGCGCUGUUUGGGACGUGCGGAGGCGAACUGA